CCUGAAAGGAAGCAGCUGAGUUUAAUGUUAUGUGUUCUUAAUAUGUAAGAAUCUGUGUAACUGAAUCUUAAAUCUUUUAAAGUAUAAAACUACUUGCUGUUUGUUUUUGAUUGCUAAUGUAGACAUUGUGCAACAGCUGCUGAGAAGGAACUUGCCUUAAUCAGGUAACAUGUGUGUGUAAAACAGCAUUUGAACAGUAUCAUAGAAACGUUGCUCAGCCAUAUUGAUGUCUGGUAUUUCUUUCUAAUGAAUAUAAUAUAUCAUUAUUACUGAUCUAUCUUAUCCACUGUGACAUAUUAUGGAGAAAAUGGGAAACUCAAGUGAGACUGUAUCAUUUGUGCUGGCUGCUUAUGGAAAUGUUGGAGAGUUAAAAUACCUGUAUUUCAUCAUAAUACUGAUCUGGUACCUCUCUAUAUGUGUGGCCAACACAGUCCUUAUUGUGGUCAUACGUGUGGACAGAAGACUGCAUGAGCCAAUGUAUAUGCUGCUGUGUAAUUUAUGUGUGAAUGAAAUAAAUGCCAGCACAUCACUGUAUCCUCUUUUGCUCUCACAGAUGUUUUCAGACAGCCAUGAGGUGACUGUGCCGUGGUGUUUUCUGCAGAUGUGUUGUAUGUACACAUGUGCACCUGCUGAAUUUUGCAGUUUAGCAGCCAUGGCCUAUGACAGAUACAUCUCAAUCUGUCAUCCAUUUAGCUACGAUAUCAUUAUGAACACAGAGAGAGUGUUUUUGUUGAUUAUGUUUGUAUGGCUGUAUUCAUUUCUUAGUUUUAUACUCUCAUUUUCAUUUAUCUUCAGUUUGAAGUUUUGUAGAAACAUUAUUCACAACGCGUAUUGUGACCACCAAUUAAUGAUUAGACUUUCAUGUUCUGUUCCAAUCCAAAGCUUUAUUUCUAACAUAUCCUUUCUCUUAUUGAGUGUUUUCAUACCUUUCAGUCUCAUUUCAGUCUCUUACCUGAAGAUUUUGAGAGUUUGUCGAAAAACAUCCACAGAAAACAAGAAGAAAGCUGUGACUACUUGCACUCCUCAGAUCGUCUCUGUGGCAAACCUGUUUGUCGGGUGUAUUUUUUACUUUAUUGACUUCAAGUAUGUAGUUUCUCAGGUACCAGAUGAAGUUCGUAUAAUUUUGCCUAUGUAUGUCCUCAUUUUUCAGCCUAUGCUCACCCCAUUUAUGUAUGGAUUUAAUUUACCAAAGAUAAGGCAAUCAUAUCAAAGGUUUCUGUUAAAGAGAAAAUAA